AAGUAGAAAAUAUAAAAAACCAGAUAUUUCUUAAAUAUUCUUCUAGUUUAAUAAAUCCAUCAUGAAGUAUAUAAUUCUGAUCAGUAUUAUCAGCGUUGCCUAUGGUACGCCUGGUGGUGCUCCCGACUGUGUAGACAGACCUCUUGGACAUAAUGGAGGAAACAACCCACAGACUGGUCCUAGUGGGGUAACAAUAUCAGCUGAUGAGUCGGGUGAUGGAUCUGUUUUUAUAACUGUGACAGCAGAUACACCCUUUAAGGGAAUUCUGAUUACCAGUACAGCUGCCGGUCAAUUCUUAGUUCCUGACGGUCAACCUCUUCAGCUUAUGCUUUGUACAGGAAUCACCCAUGUCAGCAGUGACUUGAAAUCAGAAGUCAGUGCUAUUUUUGUCAAGGCUGACCCAGCAUCAAAAGCCGAGUUCAAUUUGAUUGUUGUUCGAGAUUUUGAGACCUACUGGACCGAAAUAAAGUUCAGCUCAUAGAUCUGUGAUGUGAGCAUGAGAUCUAAAAUCUUAAUUAUUUUUAUUUUUCUAUGAAAAAAUAAAUGUACUUAAUGAUACUA